UGAAGAGCAUGUAAAAUGGGACAAACAGUCUCCAGGGUUAAUAAAAAAAUCUCUAUACAACUUAAACAUUAAAUGACUAUAGAAACUGGCCUCCCUCUGCACGUUAAAAUCCACACACGACACUGUCUUUCUGUUUUCUCCACAGUUUAACCAUGAGGGGGCGCUCUCCUCAUCUUCCCCUCCUCCUCCUCUUCCUCCUCUCUUUCCUCACCCUGCCGGUCGAUGGAGCAACAACCUCAGGAUUCAGGAUCUGCGCCUUCAAUGCACAGAAAUUCAACUUUGCAAAAGCAUCAAAUCCCACAAUGCGACACACAAUGACACGGAUUUUGUCUCGGUAUGAUAUCUGUCUCCUGCAGGAGGUCAUGGAUCCUGACGGUAAAGCCAUCCAGGCUCUGCUGGCUUCUCUCAACAGGCCAACUGACAGGUACAGUGGAUUUUAUCAGCAUGUGGAACAUCCUCUAAUCAACAUUAAUCAUCUUAGUCACCUUUAUUUACACUCUUUACUAAUCCUGAUGCCUGUAAUACUGGGUAACACUUUAUUUUUGGAUAGUCAAUGUUAGAGUAGCUCAUGUCAGCUGAAGUUCAACCAGAACUUAAUAUCAAAACUGCCAGCUGAGCUCCAUCAAAAAUGAAAAAUCACAGCAUCCAACAAUUCGAGCGGUUAAUUAAAAUGAUUAAUCUGGUUUACUGAAA